AUGAUUGUCACCCUUCUAAUUGUAACAUUUCUGUAUUUUGUAGAAACCACUGAUUUUAAUAUUCUUCGAAACACAAAGGCUGCUACAAUAGGCACAAAUAGUUACCCAGAGCUUGGAAAAUUUUACCAAGGAGACAUUAUAUUUCCUACUGGUUCCAGAAAUGCACUUGCUAUACCUUCUUUGCUGUGGCCUAAAGGAAUAAUUCCUUAUAAGUUUGAUCCAAGUUACACAAAGAAGGAAGAAAAUAUGGUUACUGAAGCCAUGGAGGGUAUUGAAAAUAAAACAUGUGUCAAAUUCACAAAGCAGGAGAAGCAGAAGCAAUAUAUUUUUUUGACGAAAAAGAGAGAUGGGUGUUAUUCAAUGGUUGGCUUUCGUGCAACAGCUCAAGCUCAUGCACUGAAUUUACAGUCCCCAGAAUGUUUUGAUCAGGUGGGAACAAUUCAGCAUGAACUUCUACAUGUACUGGGUUUACUUCAUGAGCAAGCAAGACCUGACAGAGAUGAUUUUGUGAAGAUUUACUGGGACAAUAUGGAUAAGGCUUACCAUCCCGAUUUUAUAAAGGCUAAAGAACCUGAGUUUACAACUUUUGGGUUACCAUAUGACUACAACAGCAUCAUGCAUUAUCCUCGUACUGCAUUCUCAAAGGAUGGAAAGUUACCAACAAUUGUUGCUAAGCAUAAUGAAGACUUGGAACUGGGACAACGAAAGGCCCCUACAGAUAUUGAUUUACACAAGGUCCGAAAACUGUACCACUGUACUGGAAAAUAGCAAGUAAUACAUUUUCAAAACUACACUGCGCAAUAGAAUUAAAGAAUCACUUUUUAGAAACCCCGUAAUUGCCUCCCAUUGUGGUACAAAGGUCCCAUUGGCUCCAAGGCACCUACAACUUUCCUCUGUAAUGAUGAUGCCCUGCGACGUCACCCUCGGACUUGGCGACACUUCAAACAGCAAGGUACCGAUACACGCCACAGGCCAUGGCUCAGAAGUUCAUGUAAACUGUUACGUGAAUUAAUGAUGUCACAUUGGUGCAUUUCUCCACAAUUCUGGCCAAUGCCACCAUGGACAUGUCACAUGGCGAGGUGGUCAUCACAGCCCCCUCUUAUCCACAUUUCAUCCCACCUUUUGAAUUCUCUGUGAUGGACAUCAGAAACAUGAAAUCAAGCAUUGAAAUUAUGUGAUUUUCUUAUGAGUGGCCGCUCAGAACCAAUGCAAAAAGGCCUCUGGGGGUGGCAUAAAUGUCAAUGAAACCACCCUUUCUCUGGGCAUAGAUUCACACUCAUUUUGUGAUCAAAAAUGACAGUUCACAAUUCGAAUGAGCAGCGGUUUCUUGACAAGCUUUGACACUGCUGACACCCUUGGAUGUUUCAACUCUUCCAUAAGGACAUUGUGGGGCUGCAGCACCAACAAACAUGACCACAUCCCUUUGGAGUGCAAUGCGACCCUACUUUUUGCUCUCAUGUACAGCUUGAAACUAGUACAUCUACAUCUACAUGGAUACUCUGCAAAUCACAUUUAAGUGCCUGGCAGAGGGUUCAUUGAACCACCUUCACAAUUCUCUAUAAUUCCAAUCUUAUAUAGCACGCAGAAAGAACGAACACCUAUAUCUUUCCAUAUGAGCUCUGAUUUCCCUUAUUUUACUGUGGUGAUCCUUUCUUCCUAUGUAGGUUGGUGUCAAAAAAAUAUUUUCGCAUUUGGAGGGGAAAGUUGGUGGUUGGAAUUUCUUGAAAAGAUUUCCAUCACAACGAAAAACAUCUUUGUUUUAAUGAUGUCCAGCCAAAUCCUGUAUCAUUUCAGUGACAAUCUCUCCCAUAUUUCGCGAUAAUACAAAACAUGUUGCCCUUCUUUGAACUUUUUCGAUGUACUCCAUCAAUCCUAUCUGGUAAGGAUCCCACACUGCACAGCAGUAUUCUAAAAGAGGAUGGACAAGCAGAGUGUAGGCAGUCUCCUUGGUAGAUCUGUUACAUUUUCUAAGUGUCCUGCCAAUAAAACGCAGUCUUUGAUUAGCCUUCCCCACAACAUAUUCUGUGUGUUCCUUCCAAUUUAAGUUGCUUAUAAUUGUAACUCUUAGGUAUUUAGUUGAAUUUACAGCCUUUGGAUUUGACUGAUUCAUCGUGUAACCGAAGUUUAAUGGAUUCCUUUUAGCACUCAUGUGGAUGACAUCACAUUUUUCGUUAUUUAGGGUCAACUGCCAAUUUUCGCACCAUUCGGAUAUCUUCUCUAAAUCAUUUUGCAUUUUGUUUUGAUCUUCUGUGACUUUAUUAGUCGAUAAAUGACAGCAUCAUCUGCAAACAACCUAAGACGGCUGCUCCCAAAUCGUUUAUAUAGAUAAGGAACAGCAAAUGGCCUAUAACACUACCUUGGGGAACUCCAGAAAUUACUUCUGUUAUACUCGAUGACUUUCUAUCAACUACGAACUGUGACCUCUCUUACAGGAAAUCACAAAUACAGUCACAUAACUGAGAUGAUAUUCCAUAAGCACGCAAUUUCACUACAAGCCACUUGUAUGGAAGUAUGGAACAAUGUCAAAAGCCUUCUGGAAAUCCAGAAUACAGAAUCACUCUGAAAUCCCUUGUCAAUAGCACACAACAUUUCAUGCGAAUAAAGAGCUAGUUACAUUUAACAAGAACAAUGUUUUCUAAAUCCAUGUUGACUGUGUGUCAAUAGACUGUUUUCUUUGAGGUAAUGCAUAAUGUUUGAACACAAUAUCCAAAAUCCUGCUGCAUAUCGACAUUAAGAAUAUGGGCCUGUAAUAUAGUGGAUUAUUCCUACUACUUUUCUUGAAUAGUGGUGUGACCUGUGUGACAGUCCAGUCUUUGGGUACGGAUCUUUCAUCGAGUGAAUGGUUAUAUAUCAUUGUUAAGUAUGGAGCUAAUGCAUCAGCAUACUCCCAAAGGAACCUAAUUGGUAUACAGUCUGGACCAGAAGACUUGCUUUUCUUAAGUGAUUUAAGUUGCUUCACUACUCUGAGGAUAUUUACUUCUACGUUACUCAUGCUGGCAGCUGUUCUUGAUUCGAAUUCUGGAAUAUUUACUUCGUCUUCUUUUGUGACGGCUUUUCAGAAGGCUGUGUUUAGUAACUCAGCUUUGGCAGCACUGUCUUUGAUAGUAUCUCCACUGCUAUUGUGCAGAGAAGGCAUUGAUUGUUUCUUGCCGCUAACAUACUUCACAUACAAGCAUAAUCUCUUUGUAUUUUCUGCCAGCUUUUGGGACAAAAUUUCAUUGUGAAACUAUUGGAAGCAUUUCACAUUGAAGUCUGCGCUAAAUUUCAAGCUUCUGUAGGAGAUUGCCAAUCUUGGGGAUUUUGCGUAUGUUUAAAUUUGGCAUGUUUGUUUCGUUGUUUCUGCAACAGUGUUCUGACCCAUUUUCUGUACCAAGGAGGAUCAGUUCUGUCGUUUGUUUAUUUGGUAUAAAUCUCUCAAUUGCUGCCAAUACUAUUUCUUUGGAUUCAAGCCACAUCUGGUCUACAUUUAUAUUAUUGAUUUGGAAUGAGUGGAGAUUGUCUCUCAGGAAGGUGUCAAGUGAAUUUUUAUCUGCUUUUUUGAAUAGGUAUAUUUUUCAUUUAUUUUUGGAGGAUUUGUAAGUUACAAUAAUCAGUCUCAUUAUGACAACUCUGUGUUCACUAAUCGCUCUAUCCAUUUUGAUGCUCAUUAUUAACUCAGGAUUCUUUGUUGCUAAGAGGUGAAGUGUGUUUUCACAACCGUUUACUAUUCACGUGGGCUCAUGAACUAACUGCUUGAAAUAAUUUUCAGAGAAUUCAUUUAGCACAAUUUUAGAUGAUGUUUUAUGCAUACCUUCAGAAUUAAAGAUGUAUUCUCACCAACAGUAAAUAAUUAAAGUCACCACCAAAUAUAACUGUAUGAGUCAGAUACAUGUUUGAAAUCAAACUCAAGUUUUCUUUGAACCUUUCAGCAACUGUAUCAUCUGAAUUGCGAGGUCGGUAAAAGGAUCCAAUUAUUAUUUUAUUCUGGUUGCUAACAAUGAGCUCUGCCCAUACUAACUCACAGGAACUACCUACUUCAAUUUCGCGACAAGAUAAACUACUUCUAACAGCAACAGACACACUACCGCCAAUCGUGUUUAGCCUAUCCUUUUGUAACACCAUUACGUUCUUGACAAAAGUUUCGGCUGAGCUUAUCUCUGGCUUUAGCCAGCUUUCAGUGAUUAUAACAAUUUGAGUAGCAGUGCUUUCUAUUAGUUCUUGGCACUCUGGUACUUUCCCAUCACAGCUACGACAAUUUACAACUGUUUUACCGAUGGUUCCUGUAUCUACAUUCGUCCUGCACACUUUCUAACUGAAGCCCUUGUUGUGUUUUCCCGAGACCCUCUAACCUAAAAAACCACCCAGUCCAUGCCACACAGCCCCUGCCACCCAUGUAGCCGCCUCUUGCGUAUAGUGGACACGCGACCUAUUCAGGUGUAGGGACCAUUCAAAACUAUUCACCAAAAUUUGAAUGUGAUCUGAAGCAGUCGAGGGUACUUAUGGUUUUUCAGCUAUCCUGUUUUCUGGCACCCUGUGGCAUGACCACACAGGAAUGCAACUUUAACAUGUGUGUGAAUAAAACAGGGAGGUUCCCUCAAGGGCCUCCCCAGUUUGGAAACACUCUUGGUGCACCUAAGCACCUUUGUUGAGAAUGUAACAAAUGUAUCUUCAGAUAUUUCAACAAUCAGCCUGGUGGCUCUAGUGCCUGAGGGUUAGGCAACCACUUGGCACCUCUUGGGAGAGGUUUCCCUAUUGUCAGGUACUAGAGCAGCUGCAUGGCUGAAUCGGUGUUGAAGUUUCUGACAGAGACAUUUGUAACAUGCUCAACAAAGUUAUGUGGGUGGCACUGAGGGUAUUGCCAAACUGUGGGGUCUUGCCAUUUUAUUCACAGACCUGUUGAUGUUGCAUUCCUUUGUGAUUAUGCCACAAGACAGUGGAAAGCAGAAGGGCUGAAAAAGCAUAAGUACCCUUUGCUGCUUUGGAUCUCAUUCAAAUUUCAUCAAAUGAUUUUGAAAAAUCUCUUGCGAUUCCUAUCUGUACACAAGAGCAAUAAUUGUGGUCUUGCUGCACUCUAAAGGGGUGCAAUCACAUUCAGUGGUGAUGCAGCCCCACAAUACCCUUAGAGAAGGGCUGCAGUGACGGAGGGUGCCAACAAUGUUAAAGGUUGUCAAAAAACUUUUUCCUGUUCCUCAUUGCACAACGAAAUGUUGUUUUCAACUGUGAACUGUGUGAAAAUCAAUGUCUCAGGGAAAGGGGUGCUCUUCAUGCUGCCCC